AUGAAGAAUAUUCCUCCAGUCGUAUUCUAUGGAUACGAGGCAUCUCCUGCCAGCGCGAAACUGGAAAAUGUGCUCGCACUCAAGUGUAUUCCACAUUAUCGCGUUGAGGUCGCCAUGACUCUCCCUCGCCCGGAGAUAACUGACACUCUAGGCAUUGCAUACCGGCGCAUUCCCAUACUAUCCAUAGGGAACGACGUCUACUGCGACACAAGUCUGAUCAUACCAGCCUUAGAGCGUCGCUUUCCUCCAAGCCUGGGAUUCCCCACCCUGUUUCCCCAGAGGAAAGAUGGCGCAAAGGCAGACACAGGAAUGAUAAAGGCCUUCGCCGCAUUCUAUGCGGACCGACCUCUGUUCACACUUGGAUCAAAUGCGCUUCCGUACAAUAAGUUCCCACCAGAAAUGAUUGCUGACAGGAGCAAGUUUAAUGGUGCACCUAUGGAUGUUGAAAAAGCGGUUGCGAGACAACCGGUUGUUAGAAGCCUGCUUGGAUCGCAUGCUACUCUUCUUGAAGAGCAGCUUUCCGACGGCCGUGAAUGGGUCUUCGACACCGUUUCUGUAGGAUGCGGCGACUUAGCACUUUAUUGUGUAUACGGAUGGAUCGUACGCUUCAGAGGCAUGAAAGAAGUAUUUAAUGACAAGAAAUUCCCCAAGACCUUCGCAUGGCUAGGUAGGAUGGUCGAGUUCGAAAAGACAAGACGCGCCUCAAUUGCCCACGCCAUAACCAAAAUUGACGGAGCAGCUGCUAGCAAGAUUAUCGCCGACAACAUUAAUACCCACUUCCUCGAGGUCGACUUCGACGACGAUGAAGGACGCUUGCUUGGCUUAAAGCUUGGUGACAAAGUCCAGGUCAUUCCUGAUGAUAACGCCAGGAACUAUCCAACUAUCGGGAAACUCAUAGGUCUCACACGCGAAGAAAUCGUGCUUCAACUCAGUGGCACGGGAGUCCCCUCAUUACGUUGCCACUUCCCUCGCCUCAAUUUCUCAGUCAAUCCAGCGACUGGGGCUACGAGCAAGCUGUGAGCGAGCGAAGAACUAUCAUGAUUUCCCUGGUUGGAGGAAAAAGGGAUAGCUUUCAGACUGUCUUUGGGUCAUUCAAUGUUCAUUAUUCUCAUACUUUGUAUAUUAUCUAUGCAGUACUUUGAGUGAUCAUUCCUA